UUUCGUUCUUUUGAUCGAAGUCGGAGACUGUACCGCACACAGAGGGGUGGCAAUUCGUGCAGUUCACGGCGGAGGAAAACGAUGGCUUCUAUGGAGUCGUCUAAUUCUUCUAAGAAAGUGGUUGUUCUGCUGCGAUCUAUUGGGGAUGCUCCCAUUCUCAAACAAAACAAGUUUAAGAUGCCUGGAACAGACAAAUUUAUUAAAGUGAUUGAUUAUAUACGUCGGUCAAUCCAACGGGACACCUUGUUUGUGUUUGUCAACAGUGCCUUCUCACCUGGUCCAGAUGAGACAGUUAUUGAUCUAUAUAAUAACUUUGGAAUUGAUGGGAAGUUGGUCGUAAAUUAUGCCUGCUCGAUGGCUUGGGGAUAAUUUGCAGUGUGGUAAUGUUUAGUGCUGAGGCUGUAAAUAGUAUAUUGAACUGUUCAUUCUAAGUACUGUGAUUAUAAGCUCAUCCAUUUCUUUUUUAAGAACCAUAGUAGUAGAUUUUCUUCUAUAUUUUAAGCUGCUUUCCCAGAUGGAAAAACAAACCAAGUCAAGUUCUAGAGUCGUACUCGUCAAGGGCCAGAGUCUGUAAUUAUUUAUUUGAUCGGCCUUGUUAAUCAAUUGUUUUAACAUUGAAUAUGAAA